AUGUCACUGGUGGACGAGAACAACGACUUUCCUCUUCCUGCCUGUUGGAAUGAGGAGGAGCUGGUGCAGCUCAACCAGGUGCUGGAGCGCGUGGACGAGUGGGGCUGGAACCCCUUCGAGCUGUCCGAGAUCACCCGCAUGCGGCCGAUCCAGGCGCUGGGAUGGCACCUGAUAAGCCACUGGAACGUGAUGGAGGAGCUGAUGAUCGACGAGGCCAUCAUGAAGAAUUGGCUCGCGUUUGUUGAGUCAAAGUACAACAACAACCCCUAUCACAAUGCCAUCCAUGCCUCGGACAUCUUGCAGACCGUUCACUUCAUCCUCAAGACUGGGAACCUGUCGAGGUAUCUGACGCGGAAACAGAUCACGGCUCUUCUCCUCGCGGCGCUCGUUCACGAUCUGGGGCAUGACGGGCUAAACAACAACUACCACAAGAACUCGAUCUCGCAUCGGGCACUCAUGUACAAUGACCAGAGCAUCCAAGAGAACUAUCACCUCUUCCUGCUUUUCUCCAGCAUGGACUCCGAGGAAGAGAUCGACAUCUUCCACAGGCUGUCGCAGGAGAACUUCUUGGAGCUGAGAAAGUCGAUCAUCGACAUGGUUCUCUUCACCGACAUGUCCAAGCACUUCAUGCUGCUCAAGGACCUCAAGGAGACCUGCGAGCCUCCCGACACUCUCGGCGACAAGCUUGCCGCGUCCAGCGACCUCCUCAUGAAGGCCGUGCUGCACGUCAGCGACAUCUCCAACCCCGCAAAGCCGAGGGAGCUGGCGAUCAGCUGGACUGAGAGGUGUAUCGAAGAAUUCUUCAGUCAGGGAGACAAAGAAAAAAGUCUCGGACUGCCCGUGUCACCUCAGUGCAAUCGAGAGACUACAAGCAUUCCUGACUCGCAGAUUGGCUUCAUCGAGUUUGUGGUUCUCCCCUCCUUCCAAGUGCUGUCAUCAGCUCUUCCAGUUGUGAGUGAUGGAUAA